AUGGCGCCGGUGAGCGAGCAGCCGGCGCCGCAGGGCGCGGGGGGCCCCGCGGCCGCCGCCGCCCCCGUGCCGUGCCCGGCGGAGCGGCGGCGGGAGAACGGCGAGGAGCGUUGCCCGGCCAAGGGCGGCCCCGCGGCCACGGCCGCCGAGCCCCCCGACGGCGGCUGGGGCUGGGUGGUGAUGCUGGCCGCCAUGUGGUGCAACGGCUCCGUGUUCGGCAUCCAGAACUCGUGCGGGGUGCUCUUCGUCUCCAUGCUGCAGCUCUUCGGCGGCGCCAACGACACGCAGCUCGCCUUCAAGACAGCAUGGGUGAGCUCUCUGUCCAUGGGGAUGAUCUUCUUCUGCUCUCCGAUAGUCAGCGUGUUCACAGACCUCUUUGGGUGCCGAAAAGUAGCAGUUAUUGGAGCAGCAGUAGGGUUUGUUGGACUCCUAUCAAGCUCCUUUGUAAGCACCAUCGAGCCCCUGUACUUCACCUACGGGGUGCUGUUCGCCUGCGGCUGCUCCUUCGCCUACCAGCCCUCCUUGGUCGUGCUCGGCUACUACUUCAAGAAGCGCCUCGGCCUCGUCAACGGCAUCGUCACGGCGGGCAGCAGCCUGUUCACGGUGUCGCUGCCCUUCCUGCUGCGCGUUCUCAUCGAUUCCGUGGGCCUCUACAACACCUUGCGGGUCCUCUGCGUCCUUAUGUUCGUCCUCUUCCUGGCCGGCUUCACCUACAAACCCCUCGCUCCCAAUGCCAAAGACAAAGACGACGGGAAGAAGGGCAAGUUCCGGUUUCCCCCGGGGAAGAAGAUUUUCAAUUUCUCCGUUUUCAAAGUGACCAGUUACCGAAUCUGGGCGUUUGGGAUCCCCGCUGCACUUUUUGGAUACUUUGUGCCUUAUGUUCACUUGAUGAAGCAUGUAAAAGACAGAUUUGGUGACAGCGUGCCAGAAGAGGUGCUUCUGCUGUGCCUGGGCAUUACCUCAGGAAUUGGACGAUUGGUCUUUGGCAGAGUUGCAGAUUAUAUUCCUGGUGCAAAAAAGGUCUAUUUACAGGUGGCCUCAUUCUUCUUCAUUGGCCUUAUGUCCAUGAUGAUUCCACUGUGCCACGUCUUUGGAGCCCUCAUUGCUGUCUGUCUCUUCAUGGGCCUCUUUGAUGGCUGCUUCAUUUGCAUUAUGGCCCCUAUUGCCUUUGAGCUUGUCGGUGCUCAGGACGUCUCCCAGGCCAUAGGAUUUCUGCUAGGACUCAUGUCGGUGCCCAUGACAGUCGGCCCACCCAUUGCAGGUUUGCUGCGGGACCACCUGGGCACCUAUGACGUGGCCUUCUACCUGGCUGGAGUUCCCCCCCUUAUCGGCGGCGCGAUAUUGUGUUUUAUCCCAUGGGUCCACGAACGGCAGAAGCUAAAAGAAAGACCCAAAACUGUCGAUGGAGAAACUACUGAGAAAAUGCUGGAAAGCGAAAGCACUUUCGUGUCAGACACUGCAGAAAAGCCGGUCAAAUAAGUGGAGGCUGGUUUUGAUGCUUUCUCUGCUCUACUAGCUCACCCUGCUCCAAAAGCUAGAUCAGAUUUCCAGGUUUGGCUGAGAAUAUCAUGAUGCUAAAGAAGUUUGGAACUAUUGCUCAGAUUGCAAGAAUCUUUUAUACCAUUGAACGCUUUUUUUGACAAGUCCUUGAGUUUGAGUUCAAGCCACGUUUUUAAGGUAUUUGAAGUUUUAUAGCGUUAGUGUGUACGUGCAUAGUGAUUCUGUGUGUGAAGAGAAUAUUUUUGUAAUUCAUCAGAACAUAUCUCUGGAAGUGUGGAAGUUUCUUCUGAUUCAUUGACCCAGGACUCCUCAAUAAUUUUAUGGUCUAUCCAAAGCAGGCAACACCAUUGGGUGUUCGUAGUCAAACAUUUAGCAGCUUUUAUGACUGAUUUAUUUUUUCAAGUUUCUUGGGCUGUUUUAAAAUCUCUCAAAAUUCUGUAUCAUGAAUGUGAAUAUACAACUUCUUGAUUCCCUUAACUUUAACUUUUACUGAAAUCAUUUUGUAUUAGAAAGCUAAAUUAUUAAACAAAGUGUAUGUUUUAUUUUCUCUUAAUACUCCAGCAUGUUCAGUUUGCUGAAACAUUGACCUCCUCUUCCAUUGAUUCACCUUUCUCACAGUAUCAUGGACAAAGAACAUUAAGGAUGAAAUUUGUGGAUAUUCAGGAAUUAAAAUCAGAAGCAAAUAUAUUUGGAAGUAAAGCUGCUGAAUCAUAGGUUGUUAUAGUGUCUCUUUCUGCCAAGGCAGUACCAGUAACAUUGAUGGUUUUUCCAGCCAAAUGUCAAAAUAGUUCUGAAAUUGUACUGACAGCAGUACUUUGAAGCAGUAUUGUGAAUCAGACUAAAUUUAAAAUUCUGUUGUUGUAUCUUUAUGUUUUUGGUUUUAAUUCUUACACAUAAGCCAGCUUUAAAGAAUAUUUACCUAUUGAACAUUUUAAGUGCGAUAAUACUGAGUUAUUUCAACGUGAAAAUAAAUAUAGAGCUAUCGAAAUGACAUUCAACAAUUGAAAAGAUUUUUGCACUGAGUGAACAUGCAACUUUAUAAUGGGUCUUUACAGUUGAAUUCAAUUACAUGUAGGAUACAGCGCCAUAAUUUAAUGGAGUACAAAGAAAUGCCUCUUUCUGUUACCCAUGACUUGCUUAGUGUACUAAAACAUUUCUGUUACUCCUAGCUAUUACAUAAUGUUUGUCAAGCACAUAUUUUUGAAACACCUUCCUCUGAAAGAAAUAUUUGAAAAAAUACCUUGUGUGGGAUGAGAAGGACACUGKGCUUUUUGGUUUAUCAUAAAACACUUUCAAGUGUGUUGUUUUUAUGUGGAUAUUGAAUCAGCUGUGAGUGGACUACUUAAACAUGCUUUACUUCAGAUCCCUUCAACCCCAACAAUUUUUGUUUUCAUCUUAGCAAAGAGCAAACUAAACAUGAUUUUAAAACUAAACAUACAUUGUAGUGCAUCUUCUUAAUUAGCAACAAUACCUGUUCCUUAUAUAAGUUAGAGGCUGUAUUUUUUGAAAAUAGAACCUUUAAUGUCUCUAUUUUUGUAAUUUUUCAUUGCUCCAGAAUUGUAUUAAUUUAUCAGAAAGCCCAUAUGCAUCURUGAUAUGAAACACUGCUAGCAAUACUAUUUCUUUGAAAGUUUACAUACAUUAAUUUUCAAAAUCCUUUCAACGUAAUCAUGCAGGCAUCUAUGACUAGAGCUCAUACCGUGCUUAUAUUGCAGAAUUUCAGUCACUGUCCCAUGUGAGUKAGGUUUGAAAGAACUGAAAUGAUAAUGAGGUAUAUGAGAGAGUUUGGGGAGUAGAAAAAACCUUAAGCAUAGAGGUCACUUUGUUUCACUGGGACUUGUUCUUUUAAAUGUCAUAAGUAUUUCUGAAAAAAAAAGUUAAUAUUAGUAGUACUGUUAGUUAAACUGACUACAAAAUGCUGGCUUCAUUGCUGAAAUGACACUAACAGCCUACACUGUUCUUGUUUGGUGAAUUUCUGUAGAAUGUGUUAUUCAGUGUUAUCUUCUAUCUGGGUGAUGCAAAAAAAAUUGUGUGUGAUGA